CCCUGGGGCCCCCGCCGGGCGGCCCGUGAAUAAAGGCUGCUGCCCUGCGCGCUGCCUCGGCUCUCUGCGGGGCGGGCCGGCCCCUCCCCUUCCGGCCGCCGCUCCCCGCGCUGCCGGCCGAGCAUGCCGCUGGAUCACCGCCGCCUGCGGGGCCCCGAGGAGUCGCAGCCGCCGGGGGCGUGGGCGGCGGCCGGGGAGGCGGACGAGGAUGAGGAGGGGGCGGCUGCGCCGCGGGACCCCUGCGCGCUGCGGCCGCUGUUCGCCCGCGCCGGGCUGCUGAGCCAGGCGGGGGGCUCGGCCUACGUGGAGCUGCGCGGCGGCACCAAGGUGCUGUGCGCGGCCUGGGGCCCGCGGGAGCCCGGCGAGCCGGGGGGGGCGGGCGGGGCGCGGCUGCUGUGCGAGUUCCGCCGGGCGCCCUUCGCGGGCCGCGGGCCGCGCUGCCGGCCGGGCUCGGCGGCGGAGCGGGAGGCGGAGCGGGAGGCGGCGGCGGCGCUGCGGGAGGCGCUGGAGCCGGCGGUGCGGCUGGCUCGGUACCCGCGGGCGCGCCUGGCCGUCAGCGCGCUGCUGCUGCAGGACGGGGGCUCGUCGCUGGCCGCCGCCAUCAGCGCCGCGUCGCUGGCGCUGGCCGACGCGGGGGUGGAGAUGUACGACCUGGCGGUGGGCUGCGCCCUUAGCCGCCCCCCCGGCCCCGCCGCCAGCUGGCUGCUGCAGCCCGGGGAGCCCGAGGAGCGACGCGCCGCCGCCCGCCUCACCGUGGCCCUGCUGCCGGCCCUCAACCAGGUGUCGGCGGUGCUGGGCGCCGGGCAGGGCGCUCCCCCCGACGCCUGGGCUCAGGCGCUGCGCCUCGGCCUCGACGGCUGCCACCGCCUGUACCCCGUGCUGCGGCAGAGCCUGCUGCGGGCCGCCCGCCGCCGCCACGCUGCUGCCACCAGUGCCUGAGCGGCCCCACCACCCUGGCCCGCGGCGGGGCUGGCUACCAGAGCCUGCCCGGGGUGCGCUUGCUGCUGCUGGAGGCUGCUGCUGGAGGCCCCUGGAGCCUGCCCAAUCCAUGCCCCACCCAGCAGGAGACCCCCGAUGCCUGCGUGAUCCAUGCCUCAUGCGCUUGGAGACCCCCGGAGCUGGCCUGAUCCAUACUUAGCACUGCCAGAGCCUCCCAGAGCCCCCCUGAUCCACGUCUCAUGUGGCUGGAGCCUGCCGGAGCCCACCUGAUCCAUGCCUCAUGCUGCCACAGAUCCCCGGAGCCCGCCUGAUCCAUGCCCCACACCGUUGGAGACCCCCAAAGCUGGCCUGAUCCCCACCGCCCACCGGAGCCCACUUGAUCCAUGCCUUACACUGCCGGAGACCCGCAAGGCUGGCCUGAUCUACAUCUCAUGCUGCCAGAGACCCCUGGCACCAGCCCAAGCCAGCCCCUGUGCUGCCGGGAGAACCCACGCUGCUAUCCAUGCAGUCAGAGGCCCAAGAAACCUGCCCAACGACAGGAGUCUGCAUCCCCCACAGCAGCCCCCACACUGCCUGAGCACCCCGGAGCCUGCCUGAGGAGCCCCCACAUUGCAGGAGACCCCUCCCUACUGGCCCUGUGGGACCCAAACAGCCUCACUUGCUGCCAGAGCCCCCCAAGAACCACCUCUGUGUUGCCUCAGCUGCCAGACCUGCCUGCACCACCCCUGCGCUGCCAGCCCCUGCCCGAGACCUCCCUGCAAAGCAGCUGCCUGCACUGUGGGACCCCGCACCCUGCCCCAGGGUGGCUCCAGCCCCAGGGCAGAGACCCUUGUACUGAGCUGCCCACCACAGCUGUCACACAGGCAGGGUCCCGGCAGCAGUGGGCAGGAGCCACACUGUGGCACAGACGGUGCGUGGACCUCGUGCCCAGACAGUGGUUCAGGGUGGCAGAGAUGGGUUUUGUUGUUGGAUUUUGUUGGGGGGUUUUUAUAAUAAAUCAGUUUUUUCUUGUGA